UAUCGUUAUGUGUCUGCGUGUAGCAAUCAACGCUAAUGCAUCCAUCACCAAUUAUAAGUUAUAUUCAUAAAGCCUUGCCAAAAAGCAUCCUUCCUGUAAUUACCCUGAGACCACAUCCUCCGAGAACACACCCACACACACACACACACACACACACACACACACACACACACACACACACACACACACAAUUCUAACUACUUCUGCAGAAAACAGCGUCCCUCCCCUCAGUCACUGGCCUGCAUUAACAGUCUUGAGAGAGCGACAGAGAUAACCCUGCAGAAUCUGUGCAGCCUGCUUUCGGCAUCUCCAACAUAAGAACAUGAUGGACACUAGAAAAGUGGAAGCCAGGAGUUUAGCCCAUUCGCAUCCAUAGGGGUGAACUAUGGCCUCCUCUCCUGAGGUGAAGGUCCGGGAGCACGCGGACACAGUGUACGUCUCGAUGGAGGCGGCCAUCGCCCUGGCAUCGGUGGUGGGCAACGUGCUGGUGGUGCUGGUGGUCUGCAUGAACCGGGACCUGCGGAACACCACCUUCUGUUUUAUCGUGUCCCUGGCGGCGGCCGAUAUCGCGGUGGGCAUCCUGGUCAUCCCGCUGGCCGUCACCAUCAGCCUGGGUAUCAUUACGCAGUUCUACACUUGCCUGUUCCUGUCCUGCCUGCUGGUGAUCAUCACUCAGGUUUCCAUCUUGUCGCUGCUGGCCAUCGCCAUCGACCGCUACUUGAGAGUCAAGAUACCUAUCAGGUACAGCACCAUCGUGACGCAGAGGCGUGCAUAUGUGGCCGUGUGCCUUUGCUGGCUGGUCUCCUUCCUCGCAGGCCUGGUGCCCAUGGUGGGCUGGAACAACCGGCACGUGCUGGGCAACCUGAGUGGCUCGGACUACAUGGUGUGCGAGUUCACCGCUGUCAUGCGGAUGGACUACAUGGUCUACUUCAACUUCUUCGGCUGGGUGGUGGUGCCACUGGCCGUCAUGAUGGUACUGUAUGCCGAGAUAUUCCGCGUCAUCCGCCAGCGGCUCAACCGGCGGGCCGAAGCCACAGCGGACGGUGAGCGCUACUACCGGAAGGAGCUGAAGCUAGCCAAGUCACUGGCAUUGGUGGUGUUGCUCUUUGCCGCGUGCUGGCUGCCGCUUCACAUCGUCAACUGCCUCGACUUCUUCCACCCGGGCCGCACCACACCCAAGAUGGCCGUGUACACGGGCAUCUUUAUGUCACACAUCAACUCGGCACUCAACCCGCUUGUGUAUGCCUUCCGGAUCAAACGCUUCCGGGACACGCUGUUUGAAGUGGCGCGGGGCUGCAUGGCGUGCCGUGGUGGCGCGGGGGCAAGCCCGUAUCCAGGCAGCACACCGGCACUCACCGAGAAAGUGGAUGCGGGCUUGCCGCAAGGUCUGCAGCGUGAAGCGGAUGGUCAAUGAGGCUCUCUUGGCUUUGAACGCGGGCCCAUUCAGUGACACAUUAAAGCAGCGGUUCUCAUAU